CUUCCUUAUUUUCCUCCCUUCUAUUUUUGUCUCUGUCUACAUCUAUGUCUCUCUCUCUUGCACUCACAUUUAUGAGACACUGCAUGUCUUGCUACUAUAAAUCAAAGUACCUGUUUCACCCAGAGAGCACAGUCUCAUCUUCACAUAAAGCAAAGGUCUUUUGGGUGUGACAUUCAUUGAGAUGGAGCAGAUCAUAAGCUUUGGUGAAGAUGGGAACAUCAAAUUGCCUGUUGGGUAUAGCUUUGACCCCGCAGAUGAUCAUCUUGUCAAUUACUACUUGAAGAGGAAGGUCUUUGAUCAACCAUUCCCUGUUGAAAUCAUUCAUGAGUUUGAUGUUUUUCAGAGUGAGCCAUGGGGACUCCCAGGAGGUGGAAAGGCUUUCAAUGAUCACAAGUUUUUCUUCUACUACACCAAGGGGAAUGUGAAUGGAAACAAAGACAAGAGAGCUGCAGGAUCUGGCCUUUGGAGAGCAGUGGGGAAAGCCAAAUACAUUGUACUCUCUGGGAGCAAAGAGCUGAUUGGGAAGAGGAACACACUGAUUUUCUGGGAAGGGAAAGGAAACAAGCCUAUCAAAACAAAAUGGGCUAUGCAUGAGUUCCGCCUUGAAUCACUUGCUAAUCCAUAUCAGGUGUCAAAUUGGGCUGUGUAUCACAUAUUUGAGAAGAAGGAUGCUGAAAAGGCAAAGAAGGGGAAUGGAGACAAUGGGGAGCCCUCUAACAAUGCUGAAGUUGAGAAACCAAGUGUCAUGGAUUUCACUGAGGAGAGUGGGAGUGACUUUGUCCCUCCUUCUUCACCUCUUUCCCCAUGAACCCAUGUUUCAGUGAAGCCUAAAGUUAGACUAGGUGUUGCAUUAGAGCUUCAUUAGUAUAGGAAAAUCAUUAGGAAGCCUUAUGUAACCCAGGCAACUUUUUAUCUUUACUUCUAGUUUGCAGUGAAUGAAAAGCUGUAUAUGGACUUUGCUUUUGUGUUUAGGACUCAAGAAUUUGGGAAUAAA